AUGUUUGAUGGGAUUCUGUCAAGAAUGGCGGACGGCAUGAGUACCGUAAGAUCAGUGGUGCCCUUAUGUCGGGUGCCGUUGAUACAAUGUCCUAUAACAAUCAGCGGUACGCUACUGGAUCCGCGAGCGGCUACCGUAAGGAAUCCGAUUCGAGUGGCGUAUUCAAUAAAGAGUCAUUCUAAAGAGGCGAUCGAGCUGACCGCAUCAUUCGAUUUAGCAGACAUGUUCAUGUUUUGCGGUGAAAAACGGGUGAGUUGCCAAUUUACGAUUUUCUGGUUAAAGGAAAGACUGUGCAUUCGAACGCUACAAACUCGAUAUCCUAUGGUGGCUGCUAUUCUGUACGGGGAAAGGUUUUAG